CACUGACACUCUUCCCGGCUAGGCAGUUUCUUAGCUUUUUUCUUAUCUCUUUCCUGUCGUCUUAUUUUAAUUUAAGAUGUCUGGACGCGGCAAACAGGGAGGAAAAGCUCGCGCUAAAGCUAAGUCCAGAUCCUCUAGAGCAGGCCUCCAGUUUCCAGUAGGUCGAGUACAUCGUUUGCUCCGUAAAGGUAAUUAUGCCGAAAGGGUCGGGGCUGGUGCACCAGUCUAUUUGGCUGCUGUUCUGGAAUAUCUGACAGCCGAAAUCUUGGAGCUGGCGGGUAAUGCUGCUCGGGACAACAAGAAAACUCGUAUAAUUCCCCGCCACCUUCAAUUGGCUAUCCGUAAUGACGAAGAGCUCAACAAGUUGUUGGGCAAAGUAACCAUUGCUCAGGGCGGUGUUUUGCCCAACAUUCAGGCUGUACUUUUGCCAAAGAAAACAGAGAGUCAUCAUAAAAUCAAGAGCAAGUAAAGGCUUGGGGGCCCGGAAGAAAUUUUCAAAACCAAAGGCUCUUUUAAGAGCCACUUCAC